AUGCAAGCCGAUUUGAUAAAGUCGAGUGACAACAGGGCAACACACCUGCCAGUGUUUGCCUACGGAUCACUCAUGGCAGAUCAUGUAUUCGACAGUGUAAUGAUAUCUGGACUUGGUAACAAUUACCAACGACCUCGUAAAACGACUGGCGCAAUACUUUCUGGAUAUCAGCGGUUUGGAGUCGCUGAUCAACCUUAUCCGGCUGUUGUUCCUGCUACACCCAACAACACAGUCCAAGGUGUGCUAUGGUAUAUUCAAUCCAAUUCAGAAAUACAGUUGCUCGACCAUUUCGAGACAGAUCUGUACCAAAGACAAGUUGUUUCUGUGAAUAGUAUGGGUGAAUCAGACACUGUUCAAGCCUAUGUCUAUAUCUGGAAUCGCGAACUAUCUUUACUGACUGGAAAAGAAUGGAAUUAUGAGCAGUUUCUUGCCAAGGAAAUGAAGGAAUGGAUCAAGACUCAGAAUGGGGCUGAUGGACAACCCUUGACGACUCAAGGUUGA